GUAUCGCCGACAACUCAACAAGAUGGCCGAUAACGUGGCAAGCGCUGUUGAAAACAUGGAUAUUUCCGAGAAAUCAAAGGCAUGAGCAGUUGUAAUUUUUUAUGAAAAAGGAAAAUGUUUUCCUCGCGGAUUAGUUUACUUCAGUUUGCAAAGAGAAUAGGUUCAACUUACUUGAGAGCUAAAAGCCUGAAAGCAGAUAAGAUAAAAAAUAUGAAUAGUGGUGACAAGCGCCCAUUGGAGCUUCAGCCUCCACCAGCCUUUAUUGAAGAAAGGCAAAAGCUAUGGGACAAGCUUAAAAAAGAGCGGGAUGAGUGGGUCGCAGCACAAGAUAAAGUUCCAAUCAAGAUAAAAUUACCUGAUGGAGCAGUGAAAGAAGGCAAUGCAUGGAAAACAACCCCUUAUGAAAUCGCUGUGAGCAUUAGUCAAGGUCUGGCUGACAACACUGUUGUAGCAAAAGUUAAUGGUGAACUGUGGGAUCUUGAUAGACCCUUAGAGAAGGAUUCAGAUCUUCAAUUGCUUAAGUUUGAUGACCCUGAUGGUCAGUACGUAUUCUGGCAUUCAAGUGCUCACAUUUUAGGUGAAGCCAUGGAAAGACACUAUGGUGGACACUUGUGUUAUGGGCCUCCCAUUGAAGAAGGGUUUUACUAUGACAUGUGGACUCCAGAGCCAGUAUCUAGCAACGAUUUGCCUAAUCUGGAACAACUAGCAAAAAAUAUAACAAAGGAUAAACAACCUUUUGAAAGGCUUGAAAUGACAAAGGAAGAUCUUCUAAAAAUGUUUGAGUAUAAUGAAUUCAAACAAAGAAUAAUCAAGGAGAAAGUAGACACUCCAACAACCACUGUUUACAGAUGUGGUCCACUUAUUGAUCUUUGUCGGGGUCCUCAUGUCCGAAAUACUGGUAAAGUGAAAGCUUUAGCCGUCACCAAGAAUUCAUCGACAUAUUGGGAAGGCAAUGCAGAAGCUGAAAGCUUACAAAGGAUAUAUGGCAUAUCUUUCCCUGAACCAAAGCAAUUGAAAGAGUGGAAACAUUUUCAAGAGGAGGCUGCUAAGCGAGAUCAUAGAAAAAUUGGAAAGGAACAAGAACUAUUUUUCUUCCAUGAACUUAGUCCUGGUAGCUGUUUCUUUUUGCCCAGGGGUGCGCAUAUUUAUAAUACACUGGUUGAUUUUAUUAAGAAUGAAUACUGGCAACGAGGCUUUACUGAAGUGGUUUCCCCAAACAUAUACAACAGCAAGCUUUGGGAAAUUUCUGGACAUUGGCAACAUUAUGCUGAAAACAUGUUCUCAUUCGAAUGUGAAAAAGAAAAGUAUGCCCUAAAGCCCAUGAACUGUCCUGGUCAUUGCUUAAUGUUUGAUCACAGAGUGCGCUCAUGGCGUGAGUUACCACUGAGACUGGCAGACUUUGGUGUGUUACAUCGCAAUGAAGUAUCUGGCGCCCUCUCAGGUCUGACCCGUGUCAGAAGAUUUCAGCAAGAUGAUGCCCAUAUUUUCUGCAGGAAAGACCAGAUAAAAACUGAAAUUGCAAGUUGCUUGGAGUUCUUAAACAGUGUUUAUAGUUCCUUUAACUUCACUUUUAAUCUCAAAUUGUCAACCAGACCAGAGAAAUAUUUGGGAGAAAAAUCAGUCUGGGAUGAAGCAGAAAAGAACCUAGAAGAAACUUUGAAUGAAUUUGGACAUAAAUGGGAGCUAAAUCCUGGAGAUGGUGCAUUUUAUGGGCCAAAGAUUGAUAUAACAAUCAAUGAUGCACUCAAGAGGAGUCACCAAUGUGCUACUAUACAACUAGAUUUCCAACUACCUGAGAGAUUCAACCUAACUUUCACUAAUGAUAAACAAGAGAAAGAAAGACCAGUUAUUGUUCACCGAGCAAUUUUAGGUUCUGUGGAACGAAUGAUUGCCAUUUUAUGUGAAAACUUUGGUGGCAAAUGGCCAUUUUGGUUGUCCCCAAGACAGUCUAUUGUGAUUACUGUGGCACCCGCUUUUGAUGAUUAUGCUCAAGAGGUAAUGAAAAAGAUACAUGAUGCUGGUUUCAUAUGUGAACAUGAUCUUGAUCAAGGCACCACAAUGAAUAAAAAAAUUCGUAAUGCACAACUCAGCCAAUAUAACUUCAUAUUUGUUGUUGGUGAAAAAGAAUUGGCUAACAAAACAGCAAAUGUGCGCACUCGUGAUAAUAAGAUCCAUGGAGAGCAUAGCAUUGAUCACAUCAUUGCUCGUUUUCAAGAAUUCAAGAAAAAUAAAUCCCUUGAUGCUGAAGAAAUAUUUUAAACUCUAAACACUCUAAACAGUUAAAAAAUUCUCAGUUUUGUUAGUUCUACUAUUGAUCCAAAUUCAAGUUACAUACUUGUGCUUUACUAUUGCUUGUAGUAUGUCAUGAAUUCACUAUGUAAUUGGUUACCUUAUACAGAUACUUUAAUUUAAUUUUCUGUUGUUGUAAAAGCAGAGAACUGUUUACUAGUAUUUUUUCUCCAAUGCAAAUAUUGAAUUGGAAAUGAUUGCCAGUUAUAUUGGGAUUUGUUUGUAUCUAAAUUUUUAAUUACCAUCAAAAGUCAAACAUAAUUUCAUUGACUAAACAGAAAAAUACAAGUAAAACAUGUGUAAACUGCUAACUGGUGGCUUUUAAUCUUAGUUGCUGUUAAAGCUAAUUCCUAACUUGAUGGUGUUUGUUGUUUCCUUAUAAAUUAUUUUGUGAAGGAUUCACUUAAAUAGUUUUAUAUGUAGUAGUUCAUUACUUUAUUUUGCUGUUGUAACAUGGCAACAUUAUUUAAACAAAUAAAAAUAUCUUUUGCAGUUCUCAAAUGAAUCCUAAGUGCUAACAUAGUGUUUUUAUUUUACUGUUUAACUACUACAUGUAUUGUUGUUUUGUUUUUUUAUUCUUUACAUUGUUUUGGACAUGUACGGCUAUACUUUGAGUAAAAUUCAUGAUUAAAUUUCUUAAAUGUUCA